GACCCGGUGUAACAGUACCUUGCGCAGCAUCCUCGUCUCCACACCUCGUCCAAGAAGACGUCUGUGAAGAACUGCCAUCUUUAUUCUUUUGGAACCAGCCUUGGCCUCACUCCACAUCCCAGCAUGUCUUUUGCAUUCAUUGGCAUGAUGAUACUUCUUGGAUUUUUGAAGACGGCUGCUUUUGUCUUGCAUCCAUCCCAUGAGGAGCCUACAGCCCCUGCUAUUUCUUCAUUGUCUUAUCAAAGGUGCAAGGACGAGUCAUUGCAGUCGGUCAGGAAGGGCCUCCUUAGGGCUCUCAGCCUGCAGGCUGAGCCACAGCUGCCAGCUGGUUGGAUAGAUAGCGUCCGUGAUCAGUGGCAGAGAACAAUCGGCUUCAUUCCUCAAGCUGCAAAAAAGACGGCACCAGCCACUGAUUACUCUGUAUCGCAUGACAGUGGGAACAGAACAGGCCUGAAGUGUUGCUCUGUAGCCUCUGAGAUCUCCAUGAAAGAUCUUAGCUGGGACAGCUGGGUGAUCCAUCCUUUGAGCCUGACCUUUGUUCAGUGUGCCCUGUGCAACCCUGCAGAGGGCACCGUGCAAUGCCCCUCAUCCUCCUCCGGCGUCCAAGAUGCCAGCUCACAGGAUCCUUUGCCAUGUUGCCAGCCCACCAUGCAGGAAACAUUGAAUAUUGUCUACAUGGAUGAAACCAGCACCAUCGUCAUCUCCCCAAUUGAGGUGAACCGCAGCUGCGGCUGUGGUCCUGGAAACGCCCCACAGCCCAGCACAGAGUGAGCUGAAGUCUGUCCUGCAGGCUUUGGCAUGAGAUCUGAGCCACCUGGCAUAUCCAAAAUAUCUUUGUACACAGACCUGUUUUCUCAGAUGUUGAAUCACCCACUUGUACUGCCCUCUAUCUUAAAUUGUGUACUCAGGACUGAUCGUGGGAACCAAAGCAACGUCUCAGUUUUGCAUUCCUGCUGCUCCCUUAUACCAAAAACAGAUUUGUUGAGCCUGAACUUCUUGAAAAUUAGACCCUGCUCCUGGAAAAGACACAAUUGUGAUGUUUAAAAAAGAAACAAUAUCUAUGAGAUAGGCUUGGAUGAGAAAAUAUUGUCUUUUUUUUUUUUUUUCCAAAUCUUAGAUUUUUCAACAUUAUUAGCUGGAAAAGAACUGUGGUUCAGAUGUCUUCUAUGUAGUUGGUGCUCUCAAGUCAUUUAUUUAUAGCUGCUAACGGUUACUCUGUGUUCCUUCUAAAAAUGUGUGAGAGAGUCUUGCCAAAUACUUGACUGGCCAGUUUUAUUUCUUAACUGAAUUGUGAGGCCACCAUGCAGGAUGUUGAUUUAUUCUUAGCCGCCAAACGAGGGUUGGAAAAAUAAGAGUGUAAAUUUUAUAGUGCCCGGUGAAGGCUAUAUUUAAAGUCUGCACGCCUACAAAGCUCCAAAAUUUAUUCGCCUUUCAGAAACCUUGCAAAAUUAGGAGCCUUGGUAUUUGAUGCAGCUUUAGCAAUAAAAUAAUUGUACUAUGCACCAAAAACAUGCAGUAAAGUACUAUAAAGGCAAUCUAAAAUGCAAGUGUAUUUAUUCACUUAUCACUGACUACAUAAGAAUUAACAAUUAAGUUAAAGCAUCAUGUGAAUACACUUAACUUGAUCAAAUCUGAUUACACAUACCACAAAAAAAUCAACAAAAACAACAAUGAUUUUAGUCGGUACUAGGUAAUCUAUAAAACGCAUCCAGCUUUCUAGGAAUUCUCCAUGUUUUUUAGAAUAAUUACACUGCGUUGAUGGUACGUCCAGGAUGCUUACGGGAAAACACCCUACCAUUAAAAUCUAGUUUUAAGGUUCACUCCCAUCCUAGCAAUAUGUAAAACUUUUCCUCCUCUGGCAAAGCACCAUUUACAGAUUUAAGCUAUCCUCCUUGAAUUUUUUUCUUAAACAAUUUUUGGUCAGUUUGCCGUCUUCACCAUUGUUGCCAGACUUAGGAUUUGGCUUAGUGUAAUUUUUAAUUAUCAAAUCUUUCAAGCUUAUCUUAAUUGGAAAGACAGUUCUUUCUCUGUUUGAGCUCUAAUGACAAAAAAAACCCCACUUGUUUUAAUAUUUGUAUUCACAAAUUUUAAAUAGAUUUAAUGUUCUCUUCUGGGUACUUUUAAAAACUUAUCAAGUAGUGACAAUUCUUAAUAAUUUCAGAUUUUUUUUAUUUUUAUUAUUAUUAUUAUUUUCAAAAUUUUUAUUGUAUUUUUGUACUAACUUCACAGAGUUACCUCACAGUUUGUUUAUUUUUAUUCCACAGUGUGCAACAACUUUUAAUAAACACAUUUAGAUCCAAUGUUUAGGACUUUGCUUUGCCUUUGAAAUCCUUUGUAUCAAUUGUGUGAUUUCUUGCCCUUGAUUAUUUCAAUAAAAAAAAAAUGACUACAAUGCUUUUAAA